AGACUCAUAAUUCUCUGUAAAACAGAUUGGAUCUAGCGUUCUCCGAUUAAAGUGCCUCAUUUACGAAAGAUCGCAGAUGGGAAAUAACUCUAACCAUCUUUUAUGAAUUGGCAAAUUUUGAAAAUUUAAAAUUUUUUAACUUCACCUUAUCAAUUUAUAACUAGAGAAGUGUAUUAUCGAAAAUGACAACUGGAACCGUUUGUGAAAUUCUUCAACGCUUGACUAUAUCUUCUGAUCCAUUGAACGAUUUAGAAGAACUGAAAGCCGUGCUGUAUACAAUCCAUCCAUCAACUCUCAGAGAUGUCAGCUCUGAAAUUCCAAACUUUUCUCAACUUUUUACGUAUUUAGAUACAACAAACGUAGAACAACAAAAAUUAGUUUGUGAAACAAUAGAACGAUUAUUAUCUGGUUUACCUCCAUCAGAAAUCUGUGACAACUUCAAGGAAGAAAUUGAAAAUGGUCUAUCUCACCCAGCACCUGAUGUAAAUUGUUUAUGCCUAACACAGUUGUUACGAGUAGCCAAGACAGAACCUAACCGAUUGAUUGGAUGGUUGGAUAUCUUACCGAAGAUAAUAUCUCAGCUCGGAAAUGAAAAUCUUGCUGUGGCCAAGAUAGCUGGUGAUAUUUUAACAAUUUUAGGAAAAACACAAAAUGGAGCUAUAAGUUUAUACAACCAAAGUAUGUUGAAAGAAGUUAUGGAGAAAAACGAUAUAGUUAGAUUUAGAGUGUAUCAGAUAAUAAUUGAUAUCAGUCGACAAUCUCAGGAGGGUUUACAAAUGUCAGAAGAAAGUGGACUUUUGAAACAGUUAACAAAUGAAAUUUUUAAAAAUGACAUCUUGCUUCAGUUAAAUGCUAUUGAAAUGUUGUCUGAUUUAGCUCAAGUACAGCAUGGUCUAGUUUAUCUAGAUCAAGCUGGGGUUAUAAUUAAAUUAGAGGAAUUAAUGAAAGCCACAGAAACAGAUGCAUUGGCUGGUUUACUUCUGCCAGGCUUGGUGAAAUUUUUUGGUGGUAUGUCUAAACAUCAUCCAAAGGAAGUGUGUCAAAAAUUCCCAGCAUUUGUCAAUGUUGUUUUUAACAAUUUGAGUAGUAAUGAUGUUGGCCAGAAAAAUGUUGCCAUUGACACACUUGGAUUUCUAGGAAGUACAGUUGAAGGAAAACAAACCUUAGAAAAAUUAGGCAGUCUGAUGGAUAAUGGAGUUCGAGUAUUGGGAAGCAUUAUUAAAGAUACAAAAGUUGAAUUCCAAUUAAGAGCAUUGGAUUCCUUAGUAUCUUUACUUACUUUAAAGGAAGAUGAACAAACUGAAGAAUUGUUAAGUCUCACAGAAAAAUGGUUUAAUACAUUAAUGGCGGAUCCUUUUCAAUUUAUCUGGUCUUUGUGUCAGCGGCCUUUUGAUGAAAUCCGAUGCUCUGGUUAUAAUGUUAUGAGAACUCUUGCCACAUUACCAUGGGCACAGAAAAUAAUGAACAAUUUACCUGGUUUUAUGGAAUUUUUAUUGGACCGAUCAACAGAAACAAGUAAAGAAGGUCGAGAUUCCAAGUAUCUUGUUAUACAAACUCUUGUCAACUCACCCACAACUACGGAAAUAUUUGGUCGUCCAUAUUAUGUGAAGUUAUUUGAGUAUUAUCAACAAGGAGCUUAUUUCGUCCGUGCUCAAGCAGAAGUUGCUAUGGAUGGUGAUGGUGGCUCAUAAAUAUUAUCAACACAUGAAUUUCUCUUGUGAUGUAAACAUUAUUGUUACUGUUAAAGUUUUACAACAUUAAAAAACAUAAUUUUAACCCUC